AUGUCGUUCAAAGCCGCGUUGAAGGCUGUGCGAACAGCUUUGGAUACAAAGGACUUCCAAGAUGCUGCAGACAAGGCUAAUGACCUUGUCAAGAAAGACCCAAAGAAUUACCACGCAUUUAUCUUCCUCGGACUCGCAAAUGACAAAUUGAACAAAAUCGAGGAAUCAGAAGGUGCAUAUUAUGCCGCAGCUCGCCUCAAAAGUGACGACCGAACUGCCUGGCAGGGAUUAGUCUCUCUAUAUGGGAGACUGGGCGCCAGCCAACUCGACUCAUUUCGCGAUGUGGUCAUUCGACUGGGAAAAAUCUUCGCAGAAAGGUAUGCUUGUGGUCUCAUUGGUAAACGUGGUACGAAAAACAUGUCGUUGAUAAAUCCCAGUGACGAGAAGGAGCGUUGCCAGGACCUGGUCAACAAAUAUUUGAGAGUAGCCAAGAACCAGGGCUCGAAAUCGCAAGUCAGAGAUGCAUUGGAGAUGCAAUUGCCAAGCUCACCGUUGUACGACUUCCUUGAAGGCCGAUUACCGCACCCAUCACACACCUAUAAGCGCUUAAUCGAAGUAACUGAGAGUGAUGAGAAGGAAUUUAUCAACCGCGAGAUCGGAGAACGGAGAACACGUCUUGGAGCUCGGGUUGACGAGGUGACUCAAGAAGUGAAGCGGGAGGCAUACAAAAAGAGCGGGUUGGAACAACUUUACCAGGGCUUAAUUGACUGGACCAAUGAUGACGCCGUUCGACGUGAAUAUGAAGAGAAGCUCUUCAUGCGUGCGUGCGAUGAACUUGAUUUCCUUCCUGUGAAGGCGAAAGCUGCCAAACGAAAGGCAAUCUUCAAGGCGGCACACGACAUGGUGAUCAUCAAACAUCCAUUCGAACCCGCAUGGAAAGUCUUUCUGGAGUGGCAGGACAUUGAGUUCUGCCAGUAUGAUGUUGGGCACCUACGCGAAUUCGUAGAGUUCUUCCCCGAAUCUGGACUUGCCAAGGUUUUAAAGGGAUUCUUGUCGAGUGAACUUUCUCCCUUUCCCAAAGAUCCCGAGGCGGAUGCUGAGACCGAAGAGAAGGCGAUCUCCUCGCUGGAUGGCGAAGAUGGUGAAGCUAUCUCCAGAGAAAAAGAUCCUCUCAUUCUUAUGGCCGGUGGGUUGGAAUCUGCUCGAUCUUCGAUUCUUGCUCAUCGUAUCCUGGCCAAUUUGUACCUCACCCUGGAGGAAUAUGAGAGUGUUGUUGAUGUUACUCGCAAGGGCUUGUUGAAUGUCAACGACUUGAUCAGAUACAGUGGGAUCAAAAUUCCCAACAUAACUGAUUUCUUGAACAUUGCACUUGCAAAUUCCUUGAUCCACUAUCAAUCACCCCGACACCACCCUGAGGCAAAAGCAAUUUUCGAGGAAAUAUUGCAAAGAAAACCAACCUCUUCCGUCUGCCUACUUGGUAUUGGUCUGAUUCUUAAAGAAGACCAGGACUAUGAAGCGGCCGUUGAAUUCUUGCAGCGUGCGCUUGCACGCGACCCCUCCAACAUUAAGAUUCGGGGAGAGCUUGCCUGGUGUGUUGCUUUGAACGGUGACCUCCAAUCUGGACUGGAGAGUCUGUCUGCUACUCUUGAAGAUUUGAAAGAAGCCCAGCCCGAGAACAGAGAGUUUGCAUCUGAUCUAUUAUACCGCAUUGGAUAUUGUCAGUGGGAACUCGAUCCAUCUCCAGCUGCACGGAAGGACCGUACAGGUGCCUACGCCAGUCUCUUUGCCUCUAUCCAAGCAAACAUGAACUUUGCACCUGCCUACACCCUGCUUGGUUUCUACUAUGCCGACUACAAGAAGGACAAGAACCGAGCGCGUCGGUGCUUCCAUAAGGCGUUUGAACUGUCCACAUCCGAGAUCGAAGCCGCCGAGCGACUUGCCAAGGGCUUUGCUGACUCGAAAGAGUGGGAUCUUGUCGAAGCCGUCGCACAACGCGUGGAUGACUCCGGCAAGGCCAAGCCUGCUCCUGGAUCCAAGCGACGGGGAUACAGCUGGCCAUACGCGGCUCUGGGAUCAGUGCAGAUCAACAAACAGCAGUAUGCCAAAAGUAUUCCCUCAUUCCAGGCAGCGCUUCGUCUGUCACCAAAUGACUAUCACUGCUGGGUUGGACUCGCAGAGAGCUACCACCAUUCUGGUCGGUACGUUGCGGCCACCAAAGCAUUCGAGCAUGCCAAGACAUUGGAGGAAGAUCUUUCAGAAACAGACAAGGAACACGUCUGGUUUGCGCGAUACAUGCUCGCAAAUGUCAAACGGGAGCUCGGCCUGUUCGAUGAUGCUAUUUAUAGCUACGAAGAAGUCUUGACCUCCAGGGCUGGUGAUGUCGGUGUAACCAUCGCGUUGCUUCAGACCCUUUCAGAGAGUUCACUGAAAAGUCUAGGCUUGGGUAUGUUCAAUGACGCCGCAGAGCUUUCAUCAAAAGCCAUCCAAGUAGCUAUCUCGCUUGCACCAAUUCAGAGUGAUAUCUUCAACCUUUGGAAGGCUGUCGGUGAUGCGUGCUCCAACUUUUCCUACAUGAAGUCCAAGCUCCAUAAAUUGUCACCUUCUGACUGCAAGGCCUUAUUGGCACUCAAUCUUGACUCCAUGGCUCUUGACUACAUGACCGACAUUGAUGGCCUCGGCAAUGAUUGGCUUGGGUCCAGUGGGAGCGAAAACCCAAUCACAUUUGAUUUCUACAUUAAUAUGUCUAUCCUUGCUUAUAAGCGUGCACUCCACGUUUCUGUGAAUAAUUUGCAUGCUCAGGCAGUCGGGUGGUACAACCUUGGCUGGGCCGAGUAUCUUGCAUACCGCAGCGCGCAGUCAGACUCUGACAAGAAGGGCAAGAAGCCACGCAAGUUCCUCAAAGCAGCUAUGCGCUGCUUCAAGAGGGCGAUUGAACUCGAGGCUGGAAACGCUGAUUUCUGGAAUGCCCUGGGUGUGGUUACCACAAACAUGAGCCCAAAGGUAGCGCAGCAUGCGUUUGUCAGGAGCUUGCAUUUGAACGAUCGCAACGCUCAAGUCUGGACCAACCUGGGAGCGCUCUAUAUGCUACAAAAUGAUGUCCAACUUGCCAAUGAGGUCUUUACCCGGGCACAGUCCACCGACCCAGACUAUGCACAGGCUUGGGUUGGCCAAGGCUUGCUUGCAAUGCUCGUUGGUGAAGUUAAGGAGGCUAGAGGUCUUUUCGAGCAUGCUUUCGACAUUUCAAACUCAUCGGCUACUAUCCCCAAGCGCCAAUACACCUUGAACCUUUUCGACCACCUUCUUCUUGACCCCUCUGCAUCCAACGAGGUGUCUCACCUUAUUCAGCCCUUCUUUGCUUUACACCAGCUUUGCAUUCAAAACCCAACUGACCUGCCAUUCGUUCACCUCUCUGCUCUACUUGCAGAGAGAAUGGGCGAGGUCACAGAUGCCGAGAUCAGUCUGCAGGCGGUAUGUUCAGGCAUGGAGACGGAGUUUGAAGAGACCGAGUCUCCAGCCUCUCUCUCAAAGUUUGCCCAGGCAAAUGCGGACCUGGCGCGUGUUUUGCUCGCAAACCACUCAUAUGAGGAAGCUGCUGAGAAGGCCGAGCUUGCCAUUACUCUAUCUGGAGAGGAAGACGCGGAGAAAUUUGACCCUGAGGCCUGCAAGAAACUCCGUCUAUCUGCCCAUCUGUCCGCUGGUCUCGCAUUUUACUUCACCAGCUCCAUGGACCGUGCUAUUGACAUGUUCCGCGACGCUCUUGAGGAGGCAGACAAUGCCCCCGAUGUGGUAUGCCUUCUGGCCCAGGUCCUGUGGGCUAAGGGUGGAGAAGAAGACCGAGCUGUCGCCCGAGAGCAAUUAUUCGAUUGUGUUGAGAAGCACCCCGAUCACAUUGGAGCAGUCAGCCUUCUUGGUGCAGUUGCUCUUUUAGAUGCAGACCGGGACGCAAUUGAGGCCGUGGAGUCAGACCUCCAAAGCAUGAUCACUCGCGACGGCGUUGAUAUUCAUGACCGGGCCAAACUGAUCAAGCUGCUCGCCGCAAUCUCAGCCAUGGGAUUCACGGAGAAGGCCGCACUUCCGGAAGACACCAGACGCGUUGGAGAGGCCACUGCUGCAGUUAUGCUAUCCCCGAGCCAACCUGCAGGAUGGAUGGAGCUGUCUUCAGCAUCGCAAUCCGCCUACCCAGCAGAUAUGGCUCUCGACCGUGCGCUAAAGAACGUACCGCCUCACAGCAACCUCGAAGCUGCUGAUCUCAGCGAUGCCUAUGCGCAGACUGGUAAGACCGGCGACGCUCUCCGUGCGACCAUGAUUGCACCCUGGAAGUCCAGUGGAUGGGAGGAGUUGAACCACGGUGUAUCUACCUUGGCUGCCUAG